AGAGAAGGUAAGGGAACAUGCCAGGUGUGACUCUAUACAUGUGUUUUUUCUCCUCCCAAUUACACCAGCUCUGUAAUAGUUACUUUAGCCCUCAACCUUUCACUUCUCACACACACACAUCCUCACCACAGAAACAUUUGGUAGAAGGUUUGGAUCUCAAGGAGUCUGAGCAUAAAUAACAAAGCAAGGAGAGGGGGUGGCGGAGGAGGAACAGGGGUGUGGUGGAGGGGCUUUGAGUAAAGAGUGGGAAAAAGAGCCCAAAAAACGAACAGUCAGAGGAACAUGGAAAAUCCCUGGUUCCCAUGCCAAGAAUCCGGCGCAGUGAAAAAAAAAACACACACACACACAUACACACACACACACACACACACACACACACACACACACACAGUGUAUCAGAAAGCCUGCUGGGAGCUCAGAGUAGAGGAGAAGGUAGUGAUAAAAAUAAUCAGUGCGGCUCAGCUUUGGAAAAGCCAGAUUCAGGAGAACUCUCUGGGUCUUUGCUAUCUCUGCACUAGUUGUAACAUAGUAGUUUCUGGUUUAAGUUUCUAAAACUAAAAGUAGCAUGAAUGAAAAUGGGACAAAAACAAAGCAGCGAAUGUCAGCUGUGUGGUGUGAGGCCAGAAAACAGAAAACAAAAUAAUUCACAUGACACAGAUUUUGCACAUACUGCAUUUAUUUUUUUGUUACUUUUGCCUUCUUGGGAACACUCUGACCUCCUCUGAAGCUGUCAUAGCUUUGCUUCCAGCUUGCCCCCCCCCCCACUUGUAUGCAUAAAUGUUUACAAGUAACCAACUUGAAAUGUUGAACAAUAAAUAAAGAAGACCUAGUGUAUAAAACUAAAAUAGUCGAGUAAAACAAAACUGGAUUUAUAAUACGUAAUCAUGAAUAAUUCAGCAAAAACUUGUGCCGGCCAAUCGUAUUGCGGUUAUGAUAAUCACCAGUUGCCGGCAGCCACAUUACCGCUUACUGUGCAUGUCAACAGUUUUCCUUUCCCUGCCUGACGCUUGCAAGUGGCACAGCUGCUAUCUAUAGUACAACUCUAUUUUCAGACCAAGCAGACAGGACGCAAUGGAACUCUCACAAAUCUUUAUUUACCGUCCAGUUCUGGGGGAAAAAUGGAUGAUCCACACCCGAGUCACACGCUGUAUUGUCACUUGAGAUUUUCAGGAAGAAUAAAGACCCCCAGUUUUUUAAGAGCUCAUGGAAGUGCUCAAAGGCCUGAGCGUCAACCAGGAUAUUCAUGCAGAGAAUGCGACCCUUGAUCCGGAGGACAAGCAGCACCCAGCUGGCUGGGUGAGAGUGAGGGUGGAGGAGAGCUGGUUCACUGUGGAGCGGGCCUUGCUGGCGAAGUACAGUGACUACUUCUGUGCUCUCUUUGAGUCUGGAAUGAAAGAAAGUCACCAGGACGAACUCCACCUGAAGGGAGGAGUGCAUGCAAGGGGUUUUCUCAUCGCCCUGUCUGUCUGCAGGGGAGAGAGUCCCACCAUCAGUGAUCCGGAUGUGCUUAUGGACGCUGUAGAGUGUGCUGCUUUCCUGCAAGUUGGGUGUUUGGUGCAGCAUCUUUGUGAUAUUAUUGAUUCAGACAACUGCCUCCUACUUUACUAUGCAGCCUCCAGUUUUGGUGUACAGCAACUGUUUCACAGUGCAGCUCUUUUUCUUUGUGAUGCCUUUGAUGAUUUGAAGGAAGUAGCAGAGAGUACACUUCCUGAGGACCUUCUUCAGUAUUCUCAGUCACUGUCUCCCACUACUUAUAUUGCUAUAGGCACCCACUCUCCUUCCAUGGACCUGCUACAUGAUUCUUUUAGGGUUGUUUGCUACCUUGAUGAAAAAGAGGGAGAGUGGAAGCAUUUAACUAACCUCCCAACUCUCUGUAGCACCUCCAUGGCUGGCGUGGCAGUGCUUGACAAUCGGCUAUACAUUGUAGGGGGAGUUUACGGUUAUGGUAAGGAUACAGUAGACAGCAGCUUUUGCUACAACCCUGACUCAGGGGUCUGGACCGCUCUUCCUGGACCCCAGCAACCAAGAUAUGACUUCACCCUGCUGGGGCACGAGGGCCGACUCUAUGCCAUCGGUGGUGAAUUCCAAAAACGGAUAAUUUCUACAGCAGAGUGUUACAACAUUGAAAAGGGGGAGUGGACAUUUAUACAACAUGCACCACGACCUGUAGCAUCUGCAGCUUGUGCUGUUACAAGACGGAGGAUGUUUGUUUGCUUCUGGAAACCACCUGAUACCACAGAUAUCUAUGAAUACGUGCCAGUGAAAGAUGAAUGGAAGCUUGCCACUACAAUGGUCAAACCUCAAAGCUAUGGCCAUUGUAUGGUGGCCCACAGGGACAAUUUGUAUGUGAUGCGCAACGGGCCUUGCGACGACUUCCUGCGCUGCUUAAUGGACUGCUACAACAUCACGACAGGCCAGUGGACGGCCUUGUCUGGACACUACAUAAACAGCAAGGGGGCGCUGUUCACUGCAAUGAUAAGGGGGGACACUGUGUUCACAGUCAAACACAUGCUAACUCUAGAAUACACCAUCACUGGAGAUGGAUGGAAGCCCCGCAGGCAGAUGAAGGGAUUUCCAAAGAGUGGUUCACUCUGGACGUGUUUACUCAGGCUUCCCAAGACAGGACCAGUUAUACCACAGCUGGAUUCAGAAAGGAAGGAAGAAGAAAUGUCUUUGCCAGACACAUCUGAGGGAUUUGUGGAGGCUAUACCACAACUGUAAAAUUACAGCACAACUGAAAAACAAUGUGAUGUUUUUUAGGCUUUCUAAACUAUUAGUGCAAGAAUUAAAAAAAAAAAGAGAUGAUGAUUCUGGAGAUUGUAUAGCGACAGAAAUGUUCUUCAUUUCAGUGCAUUCACUUUCACAUGUGCACACACACAUGCACACAUGCUGACACUAAGCAUUUGUACUGAUUAGCAACAGCUGCUACUGUAGUUUAUAUUAGGGGAGGCCACUGUGCAUGUAUGUGUGUGUGUGUGUGUGUGUGUGUGUGUGUUCACAGUUCAAAGACACUGACGGGAUGUGCUAAACCUCUCAUUCUCCAUGUUUUUCCCGAAGUCACACUGGGCCAAUUCAGGAGCCACCGGCCUCCCAGUCAACAUAAAACACAGCUCUCUCACACACUCUUGAACACUCACUUGCCCAGGUUUGUUGCCCCAUGAGUGAUUAAAUACCUGUUUCUAUGGGAGAAUACAUUUCACAUAGCCUGAGGCUUGUAACUCUGCAAGUUGUGGGAAAUGUUUUUGGCAUUUGUGGCCACAGCAUUUAUUUUAGUCCUACAUUAAAAAACCAGUGGAAUUCUCUGGCAACAUGUGAUAUCAAUCCAUAGUACUUUAGUUUGAAUACUUAAGGUGCUUAGUAAUGGUAAUGUUCUUACUGUAACAAAAACCAAAAUACUGUCAAUUACAUUUAAAGUUGGGAUUUGUCUUUGGGCUCCUUUUGCAUACAGUUGAAUAUCAUGAUUUCAACUGAACUUUCCCAUGUACUUUGAGUUCAGCAGCCCUACUGGGGUCGAUUAUGCUAUUACCAUUCCCACCACAGUGGCAGAGACUCAAAAGGCUACAGUAUGUGUGUAUGUUAAGCCAAAUCAUUUCACAUGUUAAUCUACUCUG